AUGUCUCGGGCUGCCGAGAGCGGCGCGUCUGCCCAAAGCGGCCCGUGUCCCCAUCUCCCUCUCGGUCUCCGGAUCUCCGCGCCCCGCAAGCCGCUCGGCUCCCGCGGCCGGCAGGACCGCACAAAGCCAGCGAGCCUUACCACGGAUCCGGCGUCCACCGGCGCUCGGAGGGCCUGCGGGGGACGGACGCCUGCCGAGGAUGGGCCGGGGUGGCUCCCCGGGCGCGGGCAGGAGAGACCUCCGGCCGCCCGCCUAGGCGGGGGUGAGGGGCUCCGCGGAGAGACGCGGUCACUGCCGCCCCCUGUGCGCUACCUCGGGCCGGCGGGGACGCGGCCGGAGGGGCUGCCGGCGGUGGCGCGUACCGCAAUGUUUUGCCGCAUCCCGGAGCCGACACGCAGCCCCCUCCCGGGUCCCGGGCCCAAGCAGCGGCCUCGUGGGUCGGGCAGCGGAGGCGGGGACCGCUCGGGAGGUCGCGGGGGGCCUUCAGCCCCGCUGCGCACACAUCUCUCCGCGCGCUCCCGUCCCACAAGGGGCAGCUAUUGGAGUUUCCGUCGGCCUCUAGACCCGGGCGUGCGGCGGUUGAGGGGUAAGAGACCGCCAGCCCAAGCCACGAGGCCGCGGGCCACUGGGGCGUCCCUGGCCCGCUUGUCACACAGGCAGAGUGACCCGGUGGCUCCGUGGCCGAGAGCGGCGGUCCGGGCACCCCCCUGCCCCCCCUACCCUCCCACAUUCCCCUUCCCCCCUCCCCCCCCCCCCCCCCCCGCUGCCCAGGCACAAAAUGCUGCUCUCACCACGCCAGAAAUCAGCUCAACAUUUGGGCAUCUUGCAAAGUCGCGCUGCCAGCACUUGCCCGGCUUUGCAGGGCUUUUAGAGUUAGCUACCGGCUUCUCUCGUAUUCCCAGUGUUGCAGGGUGCCAGCAGUCUCGGGCCAGCCCCCGGGCCACUGCCCGGAGCCCCAGACCCACGUCCGCCUAG